AUGUCGAAAAUUUCUAGUCUUGAAUUUGAAGUUCUUGAUAUCACUGGAAACAACUAUUUGGCUUGGACACUAGAUGCCGAAUUUUCCCUUAGUGCAAAGGGAUUUGAAGGUACAAUCCUACAAGGAAAUCAAGCCGGAAAUCAAGAUAAAGCAAAGGCUAUGAUAUUCCUUCGUCAUCGCCUCCAUGGGGAUCUCAAAAAUGAGUAUUUGACUGUGAAAGAUCCACAAGUAUUUUGGAACGACUUAAAGGAAAGGUAUGAUCACCAGAAAACUGUGAUUUUACCUAAAGCUCGUUAUGAAUGGGCACAUCUGAGAUUACAAGACUUUAAGUCUGUAAGUGAUUACAACUCAGCCUUGUCCAAAAUUACUUCCAAGUUGGAGUUAUGUGGGGAGAAAAUCACGGAAGCUGAUAAACACAAUACCGUGAAAAAGGGAUUCCAGAAGUAUUCUCAACUUAUAUCUUGUCUCCUUGUGACUGAGCAAAACAAUGAACUUUUGAUGAAAAAUCAUGUACUACGUCCAACUGGUUCUGCUCCAUUCCCUGAAGCGAAUGUGACUGAACAGAACAACACUGGCCGAGGAAAUGGCUACACUCAUAGUCGCGGUCGUGGUCAUGGUCGUGGUCAUGGUCGUGGACAUGGUCGUGGACAUGGUCGUAGAGAUACACGUGGACGUGGAUAUGGUCAAAUUCGAGUCCAAGGAGUUUCUUUUAAGAACUCUAAUUCUCACCAGAAAUGGGAAAAGAAAGAAGGUGACAAACAAGAAAAUGAAUGCUACCGAUGUGGAAGUAAAGACCAUUGGGCUCGUACGUGCCGUACACCAACACAUCUUAUUGCUUUGUAUCAACAGUCAAUAAAACAAAAGAGAAAGAAUGUGGAAACAAACAUGGUGUACGAAGGUGGAGAGGAUGACUUUGAUUUUGGUGAUGCCACUCACCUUGACCUUUCCGAUUUUCUCAUUGACGAAGAGAAAAAGUGA